CCAUUUUGAUUGACAGCAAGCAAAAACCGUUCGAAUUUUUUUUGCCAGAAUAAGGAGUCCUAUCUGUUAGGAAGCGAUCGUUCAUGUAUGUUGUUAAGUAUGCAACGCCUUCAGAACAUGUCGACCUCACUGACACAGACCGACUCGGCGUGCAUUUUAUUCUCAGAGAUGGGUGGUAACCUGUAGUCGGCGCAGACAACGAUGAACCCGAGGAGACGGUGCUAACGUUAAUUAAGUGUUUGAUGUGUUUCAGUGUCUGGCUGGUCUUGGCGCGUGGCCUCGACUCGGUAGAUGAGGAUGUCGUUGGCACAGCGGGUUCUCCUGACGUGGCUCUUCACGCUGGUCUUCCUCAUCAUGCUGGUGCUGAAGCUGGACGGGAAGGUCCACUGGAACUGGUUCCUGGUCUUCACGCCCGUGUGGGUGUUCGACGGCACGCUGGUCCUGAUGCUGGCGGUGCGGAUGGCGGGCCGCUGCCAGACGGGUAGGGAGCGGGAGCGGGCGCCGGCGCUGCGGAGACAAGCCUGGCACCUGCUGGCCGUGCUGCUGAAGCUGGGCUUCUGUGUGGCGCUGUGCGCCCGACUCCACGGCCUCAUCAGCGUCAUGCUCGUCUACGUCUGCGCCCCCCUGUGGCUGCUGCUGGCCGGUGCACUCCUGGAGCUGGGCUCCAACAUCUUCCCCAGCCGCAGGGACUGAGCAGCCAAUCGCAGCGCAGCAUCUUCCCCCACCGCGGGGACUGAGCAGCCAAUCGCAUCGCAGCAUCCUCCCCCGCCACAGGGACUGAGCAGCCAAUCGCAUCGCAGCAUCCUCCUCUUCCACCAAUCACAGCGCAGCUCACGGAACCAGAACCGUAUUGCAUAAAACUCCAUAAAACUAGAAAUCAGGUUAAGAAGAGCAGCCGUCUCACACACACACACACCGUCACUGGGGCUGAAACAGCCUCGGCGAUGUGUGUGUGUGUGUGUGUGUGUGUGUGUGUGUGUGUGUGUGUGUGUGUGCACGUGUGUGUGCCCGCGCGCAUGGUGAACACUUGGAAACACCUUCUGACAGAAACAUUUGUGGGUGGAGCUAGCACUAAUUAUGCCUGGACCGCCACAACCAUACUGUGACACACACCACACACACACACACACACACACACAGAGACAGACAGACAGACACACACACACAGAGACAGA